CUACAUAGCCGCAUCAUUGACUGCGCGUCAGCAUGAUUCAAGUGAUUCAUUGGUGACAGAAAAGGCUCCGGUCAGAUCAGGCACUACAUUCAGAUGAGCACCAGUGAAGCUCCGGAUCUCAUUCAAGUGCUACUAUAAAGAUGUUUGCUGCGCGAACGUGAUGAUCCUGGUCCCAGGAGAGCAUCAUCAGAGGAAAACCUUAAUAACUAAACAUCAUUAAGUUUGAGAGACCUGACCUGUACGAAGCAUCAUGGGUGGAGUGGUAGUGGACACUGGCAACAGCGGGGUCAAGGCACCUGAUGGAGGAUGGGGUUGGGCUGUCCUUUUUGGCUGCUUUGUCAUUACUGGCUUUUCCUAUGCCUUCCCCAAAGCAGUCAGCGUCUUCUUCAAAGAGCUCAUCAGGGAGUUUGGAGUGGGCUACAGUGACACCGCUUGGAUCUCCUCUAUUCUUCUAGCAAUGCUUUACGGCUCAGGGCCAAUAUGUAGCAUCUUGGUGAACCGGUUUGGGUGUCGCCCUGUGAUGAUGGUGGGUGGCCUUUUUGCCUCCUUGGGUAUGAUCUUGGCAUCCUUUGCAACCAACAUCUUUCACAUAUAUCUCAGCACGGGGGUCAUAACAGGUUUGGGUCUUGCCUUGAACUUUCAACCAUCACUCAUCAUGCUGAACAGAUACUUCAGUGAGAAAAGGCCCUUGGCCAAUGGUCUCGCUGCAGCUGGAAGUCCUGUGGCUCUGUGCUGUUUGUCUCCUCUUGGCCAGAUUCUUCAGUACAAGUAUGGCUGGCGAGGAGGCUUCCUUAUCCUUGGAGGCUUGCUGCUAAACUGCUGUGCCUGUGGGGCUCUCAUGAGGCCCUUGAUGGCUCCAAAAAAGAAGAAUGAGGUGAACGAAAAUGUGACGGAAACAAAUACUAAACCAAAACCCAAGCUGCUUGAUUUCACUGUCUUCAAAGAUCGUGGCUUUGUGAUUUACACGGUUGCUGCAGCCAUUAUGGUGCUAGGUCUUUUUGUGCCUCCUGUGUUUGUGGUAAGCUACGCCAAGGAAUUGGGCAAUGAGGACACAAAGUCUUCCUUGUUGCUCACCAUACUGGGGUUCAUCGAUAUCUUUGCCAGGCCCACAUGUGGUAUCAUCGCUGGGCUCAAGUGGGUGCGUCCACGAUGUGUCUACCUCUUCAGUUUCGCUAUGCUCUUCAAUGGCAUCACCGAUCUUGUCGGCUCCCUGGCAAAAGACUACUCCGCUCUUGUGGUGUUCUGCAUCUUCUUUGGUAUCUCCUACGGCAUGGUUGGAGCCUUACAGUUUGAAGUAUUGAUGGCCAUUGUGGGAACCGAGAAGUUCUCCAGUGCUAUCGGCUUGGUGCUGUUGGUUGAAGCCUUUGCUGUGUUGGUGGGACCACCUGGAGCAGGUCGCCUUCUGGAUGCCACAAAGAACUACAUGUACGUCUUCCUGCUAGCUGGCUGUGAGGUUGUCAUCUCGGCACUUGUGCUCGCCAUCUGUAACUUCCUCUUCAUCAAGAAGAAGCCCCAAGAGCCUGACCCUCCAGCCAAGAUGGAGAUGGCCAUUACUGAGGCAGAGAUGGAGGAGCUCAACAAAACGCAACAUGAGCAGAAAGCCAACGGAGGUGGUACUGGUGAGAUUGGGAAGGAGCAAGUUGAGCGGAGCGUUCAGGAAAUGGCUACAAAGUCUGAGAACACUAAGGUUAAAGAGCCCGAUAGCAUUGAAGUGGACUCGAUAGAGCUUGAGAACGUUUCCAAAAAAGUGAUGGAAACAAACGGUGUUGUAGUAGAACCUGAAUCCUCUUUGUGAAGAUCGACUGUAGAACAAGAAGUAUGGCAAUACGACCCUAGUAGGACUCAUGAAUGUGCCCGGUCUAUGGAAACCGAGAUGUUAAACUCGUUUGUGUGUUUGAUGUUGUGGUGUAUGCUUUUCUGUAUUGCGCUUGGAGUGUGUGUCUCAUCUGGUUAUAGAGGACCGCUUUUCAACCUGCUCUGCAGUUCAGAUAUAACACAUGCACCUGAAGUGAUUUAGGCCUUUCACUGCCUUGCUUGCUAACAACAGAUGACAGGAGAUGUUCUCAUACAUUGUCUAGUUUAAAAAGGUUCUUCUGACAAUAACAAAGAUUUGUCAAGGGUGUAAGAAUACGGCUAUUUAUUUGGUUAUUUAUUCAGAACAUUUGAGUUGUUUUAAAAUGUGAACAUUUUAAAUGUGCAAGAGAAUUUUAUGUUUUUAACCUUUUUAUUCCAGUUGUACUGCAUUUUUGGCCAGUAUACACUCCAUCAGAGCAGGGCACCAGCAUUAUAGUGAAGAUUACCAGCUUGCUUCUUUGUGGCAUACAGUAUUUGCUAAUAUGGAUUGUUUAUAUUACCAUUAUAAUCUACUGUAUCGUUUUUAAUCUGGAGCUGAGAGCGCACAGGAGUUUAAGAAUAAUAAUUGGUUGGUUUUUUUUUUAAGGUUGUAUCAAAGUUCUGUGUUUCAGACAAAUCCUAACGGACUUGACCUGCCCAUAUGGAAUGCUAAGAACAAAUGAACAGUUGAGCAGGUUUGUAUGAAACACGGUCCGAGUUAUAGUCUCUUUAAAUUGAACACUUGAAUGUGUUCUUGCGGAAUGUACAGAAUUCAGAUAUGCUUUGAAGUAUUUUUGUGUGGUGUUUCAAAGAAUAUUAUUGUCAUAGAGCACCGCUCUGUUACAUAUUUUUAUAGUGUAUUUUGCUAUUUAAUUUUAACUUUUAGCAGUAUUUUUAGUAGACAUGCUGAUGUCAUUUGGCAGCUACACCACUUUAACUACAUUUAUUCAUCUAAAUUUCAAAUGUCGGUGUGCGUUCAGUCCAACUGCAUCAAUAUGAAGGGGAGGACCAUUUAGUGAGCUUGUACAUAUGUCGGUUAUUUUUAGUUCAUUCAACACUAAUUCAAAUGUAUUGAUUUUGAGACAUUUCAGUGGGCACCUUUUUGGAAACCAAAUAGUACUAUAAAAAUGAUAUGGGACCUAUUAAACCUUUUUACCUCCUUUUUUUUUGUAUGUAUUUCACUAGCAAUUUGUAAGUAGUGACCCUCUUCUAAUUGUUUUCUUUUUUGUACUAGAGAUUGUUUUUGGUUGUGCCUUAAGUCUGAUUUGUAGCCAUACUCAAUUUGUUGUGAAUCAUUCUAGAAAUAAAUGCAUCCCUCCUCUUUCCAAUGGA